AUGGUUCCGGGGACAAUGCGCUCUCGAUACGAAUUGAGUACAUUGCUGUAUCCGGACCUUAGUUGUCCCAGAAUUGAACGGGUUUGCCUAGGAAGAAGCCGCUCACUCUCUGCAUUGCACUUAUCACGGGAUGGUGAGGAUGGUGCAGAUAAAUGGCAAUUGGUGAAAUAUUAUGAAAUAAAUAAUUUGGACGAGGCUGAUCUUUCUGUGCGUCUUGAAUAUGUUGAAAAAUUAAAUCAAAAUUUUGAACAGUCUGUAUCAUUUUUGGAAGAAACUAGUGAUGUUGAUAUGGAUGAUACGAUUCGAUCAAAUUUUAUGACAUCAUAUUUUGAGGUUACUGCCAAGCUUAAGCGCAAGUUAGGUGCCAACACCAAUCAACGUGCAGCUUUCCGAUCAUCAACUCUUCGCCAGUUUUCUGUGGAUGAACCAGUUACUGUUCGUAAAACAAGGUUACCGGAACUUCGAAUUCCCCAGUUCAGCGGUUCAUACACAGAGUGGCCUGCAUUCUUUGCAAUGUUUUCUACUGCAAUAGCAAGUGAUAUGGAUUUAUCUAACCUAGAAAAGUUUCAACAUUUGAAGACUAGUUUGACUGGUGCAGCGCUGGACACCAUCUCGUCUUUAGAGCCUACCGAUUCUAAUUAUGAAAAGGCUAUCGAUUUACUUAAGAAUCGUUUUGAUAAUAAAUUACUUCUUUUUCAAACCCAUAUUAAGGAAAUAUUUGGCUUGCAUAGUGUGGAUAAAAAUUCGGCUUUGAGUCUUCGGCAGCUUAGUGAUAAGCUUAACGCACACGUAAGAGCUUUGGAUACAAUAUGUUCCAAGGAGCAAAUGGCAGAUGGAUUAUUAAUUUAUUUAAUUACGUCAAAGCUAGAUUUACAAAGCCUAGCAAAAUGGGAGGAGCAUUUACAUAACGAUAAAUUGCCCUCGUGGGAUUCGUUGUCGUCAUUUUUGGAUAGAAGAUGCCGUAUGCUUGAAAAUCUUGAAAGUUCCAUUAAACCGAAAUCACCCAAUCAUCAGGUAAACAAGAAAACUAAUUUUCAUGGACGAAAUGUGCUAAUAGCUUCAGGAGCCACACAGAUGUGUACAUUUUGUGAAGCGAAAGAUCAUUACAUAACAACCUGCCAAAGUUUUGAAAAAUUAUCUCCAACACUUCGAUUCAAAGAAUCGAAGAGAUUAAACUUAUGUCUAAAUUGUUUGAGGAAAGGUCACAGACUUUGGAAGUGUAAAUCAGGAACUUGCCGAUUUUGCCAUUUAAAACAUCAUACAUUGUUGCACAUUGGAAAUAAUGAUUUGGAAAUUAACUUAACUAAUCCUCAAGAUAAAGUGUCAGUAGCUCAUGAAGUGGUUAAUAAUAUCGAACCAAAGAAACAGUCUACUCUUGUAUCAUCCAGCUCUAAUCAAAACAUUUCACAUUCUGUCAUUGGUUCCAGAGUUCUAUUAGCAACUGCAAUUGUCUUAGUAAAAAAUAAAUUUGGUGUGUACGUGCCCUGUCGUGCAAUAUUGGACUCGGCAUCUCAGUUAAACUUUAUAACAUCGCGUUUCGCAAAUCUGGCCCAGCUAAAGGUAAAACAUUCUAACGUAUAUAUCUCCGGAAUUGGUGAAGGAAGCAUUAACGCAGAUAAAAUAGCAGAUGUCGAAAUUAAGUCCCAUAGUAGCAGUUAUUCUGUUUCGUUUUCUGCGGUCGUCAUACCAGCUAUAACUGACUAUCAACCAAACAUAGAUAAUGAUGUUAGUAAGUUUAAAAUCCCGGAGAACAUCAAGUUAGCUGAUGAAGGAUUUUACAAAAGAAGCCGUAUUGAUCUAUUGAUUGGCGCAGGUCUAUUCUUUGAGCUUAUGAGCGUUGGCCAAAUUCGUUGUGGAAACAUUUCCACGAUUUUGCAAAAAACUCACCUUGGUUGGAUUGUGUCUGGUGGUGGUGUACUUCAUUCCAAGGCGCAUUCAUUGGCAGCUACGUGUAUGGUUAAGCCUGAUACUGAUAGCGAUUCAUCUUUAAUUGACAUUUUAAAGAGUUUUUGGGAAAUUGAAAACAACUUCGCUAAUUCUGAAAUUUCUCUCCCUGAACAUAAAUUCUGUGAGGAGCACUUUGCUCAAAAUACUAUUCAGCUACCUUCAGGUGAGUACUCAGUCUCCCUACCAAAGAAAUUGGAUACACAUAUGCUGGGUGAUUCAUAUGAUCGGGCACUUCACCGGUUUAAGAACCUCGAGAAAAAGUUGAGUAAGAUGCCAGAUACAAAGAAAAAAUAUGUUGAUUUUAUGAAGGAAUACUUAGAUCUUCAGCAUAUGUCGUUAGUUAAAAAUAUUCCGCAAGAUACACGAGCAUUCUUUCUUCCCCAUCACUGUGUUCAAAAGGAGGAUAGCACAACAACAAAACUAAGAGUUGUGUUUGAUGGUUCUGCAAAAUCAACUUCAGGCAUUUCCUUGAACGAUAUAUUAUAUGCGGGACCUACUAUACAACCAAAAUUGUUCAAUACAUUACUACGUUUUCGACUUUUUAGAGUGGCUUUGAGUGGAGAUAUAUCCAAAAUGUAUCGUUGUGUUCGAGUGAAUCCACCCGAUGACUAUCUUCAAUGUAUCCUGUGGAGAAAUAAUACAGAAGAAGAUAUACAAGUUUAUAAACUUGAUACUGUUACAUAUGGAACCAAACCAGCGGCUUUCCUUGCUAUAAGGACAAUGCAACAACUUUCAAUUGAUACAGAAACCAGCUUUCCUAUCGGUGCUCAAGUUAUUAGAAGAGAUUUUUAUGUGGACGACUUGAUCUCAGGCGCAAAUUCUAUUGAAGAAGUCGUAACUAUUAGAGAGCAAGUUACAGCUUUGUUAAAACGUG